CCUUCAGCAUGGCGUAAUCGAAGAAGCCUAACCGCUCCAUGACCACCCUCGCAUCCCCUCCAUCCACAUACACCGCCCCGAUAAUCGCCUUCACCGUCAUCGCCAUGCACCUCUUCGACACCUUCUCAUGCGCCUGCCCCACAUUCCUCACCACAGCGCCGUCCACUGCGUACUGAAACCCACGCUCCGCCAGCGCGUUGAUGGACGUCAGGUCAUUCUUGAUUGUGUCCCACGUCUCCUUGGACCACAGCUGCGAAUACCACUUCGCCACCAGCACGCUUUCCACCAGCCCUGUCCCCACCAGCGACAGCCUCUCGUUCUUAUUCACAAACUGCACGUCGCUCGUGUCCAUUUGGAAUCGAGCCAUCCCUGGAUCCAUGACUAGCGCCUCGAAGGCUAUUGCUUUGUUGUUGAAGCUCCAUCCCGUCAGCUUCUCCACGAACUCGACCCCGUCCUUGGCGCUCAUGCUGUAGGCCAUGUUUUGGGUCCUGAGUUGUCGAGUAGCAGGAGUGCUUGUUUGGUUUGUGUGAAAAGUACGAAAGUAGAGGUUGACGUAGUUGUAGAUGUCUGCAAAGGGGCAGCUGUUGAGUAGUUGUGUAACGGUAUAGUACUGACACGGGCGAGUAGUAGUGGGUGCGACGAACAACAACACCUUCAAACAGGAACCCCCGACUCUUUUAUAUACUUUCAGUUGACCACUCCCGCCAUUACCGGCGCAAAC